AUUAUUUCAUAUGGCUCACCAACCUCGUCUAAAAUCCCUUCACCCUCUCAACCAUUUCACAAUGACAUUUACUCCAUGUAUUCCAAGCUCAACCCACCUCAAGAUCAAGGCACUUCUCCAUGCCUAUGUCCUCCAGCAUGUGUGUCGUAUUGUCGAAGCCCUUGCCGAAAUGAAGUCCACGGCACUUGACUUCCUUGUACGAAAGAAGAGACGCUCCGCCGCCGCCGCCGCCGCCGCCGCCGCCGCCACCGCUUGCAUCUUCAGGAAGAAGAUCAGGAGCAAAAAGAAGCUGCUUUCUAGCUUCAUCAAGAAGCAAUUCAACCGUGCAUCGUCGCAUGUGAUACCGAUGUGCGAGAACACUUUCGCGGAGGAGUUUGACGCGAGUCACUCGUACUAUGACUCAGCAUGGACUUCGAUAAUAUCCACCGAGUUGGAAUGCGGCGAUGAACCGAUCUCUGGAUACCUCCGAUGGCUAGAGGAAAAAAAUAGCGGCGAUAGCGGGACGGCGGAUGUCGAAGAGUUAAAUGAGAUCGACCGGCUUGCGGAGAAGUUCAUUGAAAUGUGCCAUGAGAAGUUUAGGCUGGAGAAGCAGGAAUCAUAUAGGAGGUACCAGGAGAUGAUGGCUAGGAGCAUAUGAGGAUAUAUAUAUUUGUCUAUGACGUCUUAAUUAAUUUGAGGUUUAUUUUGGAGUGAAAUUAAUGGAAAUCAAGUUGGGUUUCAAUGUUUUCUUAUUAUAAUUAACCUUUUUCAUAAGAGGUAGUCCUAGUAGUAGGGCGAGAUAAUGAGUCCGGUAAUUAGAUCUUAGGUUUUACUUCUCCUCACUUUUCUCCUAUUUAAGUUGUGUGUGGUGAAUAACUUGAAGUUUAUGGAGUAAUCAAGGUCAUUAAUAGGAA